GCAUGAGGGUGAGUAAUAAAUGACAGAAUUUUCAUUUUUGGGUGAACUAACCCUUUAAAGCUGAAUUGAACUCAUUCCAUAAUUGAUGAACUUUACUCAAUUGAACCAAACUGAUUCAACACUGAACUGACCUCAGCUAAAACAUGACACUAUUGUCUUUUUAGAACUGCUUUACAGCUGAAUUGAAUUCUUUUUGCAUCACUGAAUUGUUAUUUUCCUGUUUAUCAAUGUAAAGCUGCUUUGAAACAAUCUGUAUUACAAAGCGCUAUGUAGAAAUAAAUUUGAUUUGACUAUUUUAUUUUCUUUCGCUAUAAGGAACUGAAUCACAAUUAAUUAUUUUGAUACUGACAAUCAGUUCUAAUAUUUCAUACUUUUAUGAUUAUUUAUUUAUUUUGUACUCUUCAACAAAAAUAUCUGAACAUUUCUACACUGAGUCAAACAUUAUUUUUGUUUGUUUGUUUGCUUUUGUGUAUUAUUUACUAUUGCACUUUUAGUCACUUUGAAUAGAAGUGUCUGCCACUUUAAUAAAUCAUAUGUGAGAAAAUGAUGGAAGAAAUUAAACUAAAUUGAAAUGACAUUGCUGAAUUUUUCAUACCACAAAUCAUGCCACACACACACUAACCACCGCCCCGCAGUUCAUGACCCAGGGCUAAACUACUCAACGAUUCUGCGGCAGAACUCUGGCUUUUAAACACAAAACCAGGCUUCACCUCAAAGGUUCACUAGGGAAACAGGAGAGAACUAUCACAUUACUGGGGGAAACUUUUAAAUUAAAGAGACCCAAGUUGGAGGGCCUUCAUGUAGGCCUGAGAGAACAAUGGCUGCUUUCUGUCUUCUUGAGACUUCAAAGCUCUGUGCGGUUAAACGAACAGAGUUCUGCUUUGUUGUGGAAAGCCACAGAUGUUGCUCUAGUUCUAGACACCCUUGUAAGCACUUCAAGAGGUAUUCAAUAGCCUCAGCCUCCCACACGCUGCCUCUUAACCGUGUCUUUCGCUCUCACUCCGUCAUAGUGAAUGGAUCGGCAGGUUUCCAUGCUGUUCUUUUUAAAUCCUUCCUUGUAAUAUCACUAAACUCUAAACAUCUUAUAAAAUGUUAAAUUCAAAUUUUCACAAAAAUACUUGGUACUUACAAAAAUACCAACAAAAACUUACAAAAAUACCUACAAAAACAAUUAAUAAUUGUAUAAAUACUAUAUAGAUACUAUAAAUACUAUAUUAAAGCUUUCAAGUUUUGUGUUCAAUGUAUAUCAGACUUUUGUUUUAUAUUUGUUUUAUGUCUUUGACAAGGCAAAGGUGAAUUCAAAUCUUGGAUUGUUCUAGAAAAACAGUUAGAAAGUGCUACUUGCAUUUGUUAUAUGGUUGUUCCAUUUUUUUUUUUAUCUGAGGUGAGCUUUUUUCUUUUUUUUUUAACUUGGGCAUUUCUCAUUGUUUUAAGCAAAAGUUCAUCAAUUUAUGAUACAGGAAAUCUUUUAUUUGAAAAAUAGUCAAAAGGUUAUAACUCUAUUGUGCAACUUUUCCAAUUUUGCUACAGUGGGUUAACUUUAUCCAACUAAUAUGCAGUACCCAAAGAAAAUAAUUAUACAUUUCUAUACAUAAGCCACAAUUACUUUGUUUUUAGUGACAUAUACCCUAUCUUUGUAUUAUUUCUUUGAUCCAUUCACUUAAUCCAGAUUAAUUAAUUGCACCUCCUUCAACUCUCCCCAUCUCACCCUCCAAAUAAUCAAUUCUUUUAUUAUCCAAAGCAGCAAACACUCAAAGGAUUUGCGCUCUUUCGUUAUUCUUUGAUGAUUGGGCAGCGGUAAUCUUCAAAGGCAAAACUCUUCAUUCUGACUGGCUGGAGUUCUGAUCAAACUCAAAGAAAUGAUGCCAGUGCGUUCACUUUGCUACAAGAUUAUCCCGUGAGUUGUUGCGCGGCAUUAAAGAGGCGCACCGGUGCGCAAACACCUUUAUAAGGAUUCUAGAUCAAGAAGUCUUCAUUGGUGUGGCAUAACUGCGGUUGCCAUAAUGCGCAAUGACCCACUGCAAGCUUUCCUUCAGGAUCGGACUCCAAACUCCACCCCAGAAUCCAUCAAAGGAUCCCCCUUGAUGUUGCUCGAAGACACCUGUAAUCGCAUCGGCCAUUCCCGUGCAUCCGGAUCCAUGGAGCACCAUCAGCACGUCCCAUAUGAAGGUUCCCCACCUAAGCUCUUCCAUCCCUGGAGAAGUGAUGGUUCCACACAUGCAACUUUCUCCUCUGAUUGUGGCGUGAGGCUUUCGCAGCACAUCCAGCCCUCGUUAAAUCCACACCACGAAAUGCCACUGACACCUCCGGCGGAGCACUAUGACUUCUCACCCCUGAAGAUGUUGCCUUGUCCAUCAGCAUGCCCCUCCUCAUACGCUUCUCUUCCCACGUCAAUUUCAGCUUACGUACCCACGCACACUGGACUUGUGCAUCAUCCGCAGAGACAUUUGGCACGGGAGGAAAUACAGUGGUGGACCCUACAAGACGCCGGCGCUGGCAAUCACUCCUCAACACAUCACUUUCAGAUCCCCCGCGGGUGGGUUCUGGGUCACCCAGAGCUCGGCCAGUAUCAGUCACAAAUCGCCACUCUGCUGCACUCCAAGUCGCGGAAAUGCCGGAGAUGCAUGUGCCCCAACUGCCAGAAGACCACCGACGCGCCGGGCAGGAGAAAGCAGCACGUGUGCCACAUGCCGGGCUGCGGGAAGGUGUACGGCAAGACGUCGCACCUGAAGGCGCAUCUGAGGUGGCACGCAGGUGAACGCCCGUUCGUUUGCAGCUGGAUGUUCUGCGGGAAGAGCUUCACGCGCUCUGACGAGCUCCAGAGGCACCUGCGCACGCACACCGGUGAAAAGCGCUUCACGUGCCCGGACUGCUCCAAACGCUUCAUGCGCAGUGACCAUCUGGCCAAACACCUGAAGACGCACCUGAUGAGGAAGAACAGACCACUAUAUCCCAUGCUGAACAAAACUCUUGAACAAAAGUCUUAGACUGUCUACUUUUUGUGAGCACUAAAUUAAGUUUGGGAGAGUGGAGCUUGUUGUCACAACUGAGCCACACUAUUUCAGUAAAUAUACAAUUUGGGGGUUAAAGUUACACCAAGGUUUUUUUUAUUAUUAUUCAAGUUUAAUUCAAACACAGAUCGGGGCAAGUUGUUACAUUUGUGUUUAAAUGUUAUACAAUAAAUAUAUACAAUUUAUUAAUUACAAUAUUUGAUGGCUAAAACAAUAAGUAGCCUACUUUUUAAAUGUUUGCUGUUUCAGAAUUGUUCAAAUAUAGCAGAAAAGCAUGGCAGGAUCAUACAGGAGACAUCUUACCCCAUAUAGUGUGACAACAUGCUCAAAACAUGUUAGGACUUUAAGGUAAUUGUCAAUACAGACCCUAAGAAAUAUUAAAGUAAUAUGUGGAAACUAGCCAAAGUUUCCCCUAUGCAAUAUGAUGUCAUUGUACAGGCAAAAACUUAAGCUAAGUAAAAGUGUUUAUUUGUAUUUACCUUCUUCUUCUUUUCUUUUCUUUUUUUUUUUUUAAACUUACGUUUAUCAAGCGUACACUACAUUUUGUUUACUUUUUUAUGUUAUCAUUUUUAACAUGUUGUUUAGCACACCAAAAAUGCGCAAUUUUAUUCUU